AUGUCGAAUUUUGGGAGAAGAACCUGGGAUAGAGAAGAGUAUGCUCGAUUAGCUCGAGAAGGGAAUGAUAAUUCAGAAGAAGAGAAGCUGAGGCUGUCAUUGACAGAUGAGCAACUUGAGCAAUUGAAAUCUAUGUAUUCUGAUCAUGAUUCUCUGUUGAAGUCUGGCUUAGAUGAUUUGAAUAAGAAAGUUUUGGCUACCGGUGUGACUUCAUAUAAAAAGGGUAAACAAUUUGGGUUCUAUUGUAAAUUAUGUAAUAUGACUUUUAAAGAUAAUUUACAAUAUAUUGAUCAUUUGAAUCAUAAGAUCCAUCAGAUAAAGUUUGAGGCCAUCUUUGAUGAACCUUUGAUUCUUGACAUUAGAGAUAAUGAUGAAAUUGGGAUCGAAGAAUUUGCAACGACUUAUAAGAGGUUAAUAAAGGGUUUCAUCAAAGACAAUGGAAUCAGUAAACAAAAAGUCAACAAGAAAUCAAAACCUAUCAAAAAAGUUAAAUUAGGAAACUCUUCUGAGGAUGCAGAGCUUCACAAGAAAAUGGGGUUUUCAUCCUUUGGUGGUGGUGUCUAA